CAGCCUCCGCCCCUCGCCGCCGUCUCCAGGGCGCCGGACGCCACGCGGGCAGCCGGCCCGGGACGCAGGGAGAGUGAGAGCGACUUGGGCUGCCAUGACGAAAUACCAUAGACCGGGUGGUUUAAACCACAGAAUUUUCUUACAGUUCUGGAGACUGGAAGUCUGAGAUCAAGCUGCCAUUGAGGGCAAGUUACUGUUUUCAGAAUCCAAGUGAAAUCUAACGCUAUAAAACAAUGCCAAGAGCAAAUGAAGGGAAACAAAAAUCUAAAGGGGCACCCCUGCCCAUCGUUUUGAUUCUUCAAAAGUUUCUGAAAACAUAUGAGAAACACUGUGCACAGUCUCAGACGUCCGUGUGUCCAGCCAUCAAAAGUGACCUGAAAAGCAGCAUUGACAGUGACCAGGUGCUCAGGAAGUUUAUGCUUGUAAGACCCGAUGACUCCCCACCAAGAAUCCUACCAGUUUCCUUGGAACCUUUGCUCAUGACCAUUCAAGAUGAGCAUUACACACUGGCGAAAGACAUCUGCAUCUGGGGCCUUCAACUGAGCAACCCAGAGAUUGCCAGACUUGCUUUGCUUCUGGAAUUGAAAGGGCACACCACCUGCCUGUUUACCACCCUAGAAAUCAUUGAUUGCAAGAUGGAUCUGUGGUCUCUAGAGCGACUUGGGAAGGCUCUGCGGUUCAGUAGUUUGCAUUCUCUUGUCCUCGAUUACUGCAAAUUUGGAAAUGAAGAACUUGAGAGCAUUUUCUCAGGCCUGGAGAACAACCAAAGGCUUCAAGGCCUCAGUCUGCGUUACUGUGGUCUGGGACCUCAGAGCGGGCUAAGGCUGGGUUCGGUCAUCAGCCAGAGUGCCAUUUGCGAGCUGUUCCUUGAUGGCAAUUACUUGGAAUGUUCCGGAGCACUGGCUCUUCUCAGGCCCAUAGCAGGCUUUGCGGAGACACAGGGGAAAGACCAGCCAGCCCCAGGCUCACCAGACGCUGGAAAUCCCCCUCAGCGGCUCCAAGCCAAACAGAGAGGAAGUUCAACUAUGAACCAGAUUACAAAAUCGUCUGAAGCUGUAACAGUGAAAACUACCUCAGGGAAGAAAAAGAGAAAAAAAGGAAUCAAGAAGAAAAUUGAAGGUCUGAUGGAAACUGGUCCUUGGUUAGUGAAGUUGCAUUUGGCAGAUAAUGGCAUAGAUGGAAAAGGAAGAGAAGGAGAAAAUGGUUUAUUGGAAUUCAUUCAAACUUUAACAUGCCUGAUCAAAUACUCUGCCUACUUAAGGGAAAUUGACCUUGGAAACAAUGUUCUGGGAGAAAUGGCUGCUGCUAACAUACUUGAAGCGCUGAGAGCCAGAAAGACAGGUAAACUACCGGUCUUAAAAAUUACAGUCACUCCCCAGAUCUCUUCAGAUACCUUCAGCUCAAUUUGGAAAAAUAGCAAGAAGUCUAACACUAUGCGUAAAAAGAAGAAAAAGACUAAAAACUGAAUAUAGGUGCUAUAUUUCCAUAUGGAUGUCAUCUAUUUCCAUGGCCAAGCAGAUAUGCCUGGAUAGAUAUUGCUUAUUCUAUAGUAAUAUUUUUCACUGUAACCAAGUCCCUUUGAAGUUCUCAAAUUUGAUGAUUAUUGUAUGAAAGUUUAAAGUCAUGUGAUAAUCCUGUCUUGUGAUGAUCCCAUCACACUUGUCAUUUUCUAAAAUGUGGGUUUCACAAGUAGGCCUUAGUAAAAAAAGACUCAAUUCUCUGAGGCUUCAUCUCUCCUGCAUAUGAAAUUUAUAAGUUGAAGGAAUUCAUACUUUUAUCUAAAAAGGAAAGAAUCCUCUUUCAUAAAUAUACCUAUAGUUGGGAACAAUAAGAAUGCUUGGAAAUAAUAACCACUUCCUAAAAGACACCAUCCCUAAAAAUGAGGAUCCUCCCUAAAUGAGGAAACUUUUUUUUUUUAAGACAGGGUCUUGCUCUGUUGCCCAGGCUGGAGUGCAAUGGUGCAAUCUUGGCUCACUGCAACCUUUGCCUCCUGGGUUCAAGUGAUUCUCCUGCCUCAGCCUCCUGAGCAGCUGGGAUUAUAGGUGUGCACCACCAUGCCCAGCUGAUUUUUUGUAUUAUUAGUAGAGACAGGGUUUCACCAUGUUGGCCAGGCUGGUGUCGAACUCCUGACCUCAGGUGAUCCACCUGCCUUGGCCUCCCAAAGUGCUGGGAUUACAGACGUGAGCCACAGCGCCCAGCCAAAUGAGGAAACUUUUAAUUCCUCUGCCCCACCCUGAAGAUGCCACAUAGCCCCGUGAGAAAUGGAAGAGGUGUGGUUGAUUGAUAUACAGAUGACAGUGGGUGAGUUGAGUUUUAUAUGCCACAACAAUUAUGGUGCAGGAUGAAGAGCAUGGCCUAGGCAGUUAGAUGAACCAGAAGUCUCUAUGGAGGAACUGCCGCUUUCCAGGUACUGAGCCUGGGCAAGUCAGUUCACCUCAUGCUCCUCAGUUUCCUCUUGUGUAAGACAUAGUUAAGAGUAGCAGGGCUGGGUGCAAUGGCUCAUGCCUGUAAUCCCAGCAAUUUGGGAGGCUGAGACAAAAGGAUCGCUUGAGGCCAGGACUUCAAGACCAGCCUGAGCAACAUAGUGAGACCCCCUAUCUCUACAAAAAAUUUAAAAAUUAGCCAGCUGUGGUGGCAUGUGCCCGUAGGCCUCGCUAUUUGAGAGGCUGAGGCAGGAGGAUUGCUUAAGCCCAGGAGGAUAACGCUUCAGUGAGCUAUAAUUGCACCACUGCACUCCAGUCUGGGUGAGGAAGUGAGACCCUAUCUCAAAAAAAAAAAAAAGGGUAGUGCCUAUCUCAGCUGGUGAGCAUUGAAUGAGACCACACAUGUCAAGCAUUUUAGAACAAUGCCUUGUUCAUAUUAUACACUCAAAAAUAAAUAUGAGUGGCUCUUAUUAUUGCUGCUGUUAUUGUGGAUGUUAGAAUUGAGUGGUGCCAGUUAUUUCACCUAUGACAACCACACAAGAAACAUAGG